AGGUGGGGCAGGAUGAGGUCCGGAUCUUGAGGCUUCUAGUUUCUUCUUAGCUUGAAUAUCGUUAAUGCAGAGAUUAAUGACAACACUGUGUGGACCAUGGAUUUCCAUACACGGUACACGAACGUCUGCCGUCUGUUUUGCCUCAGUAUGCAGGUUGUCUGGGGUUUAGACACGGUGACACUCCUGAAUCCCCCGGAGGAGCCUCUGCCAGACCACCUUUUGGAAGUGCUCUACUCCUGUGAUGAGCCUGCUACAGUGAAGCUGGACUGUAUCGUGUCUUUUGACACCGGCAUCACCUCCACGCUCCUGCUAGGACAGUGGGGCUGCGUCCCCGGGGACAGUAAAGUAAGGACUGUGGAGCUCGGCCUGCCGGACUGGCUGGUGUAUCAAGCGGAUGGGAUUGUUCCACACUCUCAGUGGGUGCUGAGCUGUAUCCUGCGGGCCUCGGUCCGACACACUGCGCAUGACGACACCGAGGGGUCAGUCGCAGCUCAGGAUGCGGCCGCUUUGCAGCCUAAGCCCAACUUCGGUCGACCUGUCAAACGGCAUCGGCUCUGCAUUUCCUGGAGUGCACGAAUGCUGCAGUUAACUCCACAGUUUCUGAAGGAACAAUGCCCCGUGGAGCGAGAAACGGUGCAUCUGCUGUCUUCAAUCUACGCUUCAACCGGAGAACGCUUUGGUAUCACCAAGACGCUGGGCCCUUACAGCAGCGAGGUGCUGGAGCACUUGCGCGUUGAAGCCGUCCCGUUCGCAUGGUGCUCGUUCUCCAUCUGGGUAUUCGUGACCGGACGCUGCCGGGAGAGCAUGUGCGGAGUGUUCCACCACAUAGACUCCGAUAACAACUACGCCACACCGGCACUGUUCCUCACGACAUCAGGCCAGCUGCACGUCCAGAUGAACGGGGGGUCUCGGGAAUCCUCGGCAGUUCUCUCUCCGUUCACGGUGCCGGUAGGCGAGUGGUGCCGACUCGGCCUGACGCUGCGCGGCGGAGCGGUGACCGUCUCGAUGGUGUGUGUGGAUCGGGAGCAGAGGACGUCUCGAUCCACGGAACACGUGCUGAGGCACGCCGUCUCGCUGGACGACACGGAGGGAUACUUUGUGAUCGGCGGGGGAAACUACGUGAGAGGAAUGGAAGGGUUCUUCGGACCGGUGGUCUACUACCGCAACCGGGCGUCGCCCCGCAGCACGUUUGAAGCUGUUCUCCCAGAUGUCAUUCAGGACGCGGACCUCAGUGGGUGGCUGCGGACCUGCCGAGAGCUCCGUCUCGACUUGGCGGCGAAAAUCAGAGGCUAUUCUCUCCGGGCCAAGCGGACGACGGAGUCCGACACCUGUUUCGAUGCUUUCCACCAGUGGAUGAUAGAGGACAGGGCACCGUCAGAUUCACAGUGUGAGCAGUGGGAGGCAACCGCCCCUCACAGACGACAGGCCGCAAAACUGUCCAAGUUGCUGGCUUUCAAGCAUGGGGGAAAGCGGGUCAGCUGGCCGGCUGUGGGCAGGGCGCUGUACUCCCUGUCGCUUCACAGGCUGGCCAGGGCGGGCAGCACCGGGGCGGUGGGCGGAGUGCUGCCGCUGCUGCUCCAAGCCGGCUGCUUGGCUGACGACAGAGCUCUGCGCACGGCAUCGGUGCUCUACAGCGCCGGCCUGGGGGUCGGGAAGCGGCCAGACAAGGCUUGGCUACUCGCCCUGCUGGCUGCCCAGAGGGAUGAUCGAUUAGCGCUUCUGCACCUCGGGCACCUGCACCUACAGGGGCUCCAUGGGCUCCCCGCAGACCCAGACCUGGCCUACGCCUAUUACGCAAACAUUGCUAAACAGACGACUUUAGACCGUCAGAAUCCCACACCGGAGCAGACGUUUGUUGAGGCUGUGUACCUGAACCACAAUGAGGAGUUGGAUCUCCAGACCAGUGAAGACCAUCACAUCUUCCAGUGGUUGAAACUGCAGGCACGCAGGGGAGCCGCUGAAGCCGAGCAAGCAGUUGCCCGCAUGCUCUUCUGGGGUCAGCAGGGAGUCUCUCCAAACAUCCAGAAGGCUGUGAGACACUACGAAAGGGGAGCUGUCCAGUGGGAGGACCCGGUGUCGAUGUAUGACUAUGGCAUAGUCCUGCUGCAGGGACAGGGGGUUGAAAAGGACGUCCCAAAAGCUGUCACUUUCCUCAAGAAAGCAAAGGACCAGGGUUUCGUUCCUGCAAUCAACGCCCUGGCCUGGUACUAUGAGCAUUUCGAACGGGACUAUGAGCAGGCGGUGCAGCUAUGGGAACAAGCUGAUCUCCUGGAGAGUCCGGAUGCCGCUUUGAAUCUUGGCGUCAUGUACUCGCAGGGUCUCUAUCCGGGAAAAGCUGCAGACCAGUAUAUGGCCUAUAAGUACUAUCUGAAGUCAGCAGAACGAGGGCACAUCAGGGCAGCACUUCACCUCGCAGACAUCUGGACCACUGGGUUACCCGGCCGCGUCAACAGACGUCCAUCAGAUGCUGUUCUGUGGGUCAAGUGGGCAGCUGAGCACAACGGAUACCUUGGCAGCGUCUUACGGAAAGCCUUGGAUUCAUAUCUCCAGAGUGACAUGUUCAGCUCACUGUUAUAUUACAUGGUGGCUGCUGAGUCGGGGUACGCAGCUGCACAAUUCAAUGUUGCAUAUCUCUGUGAACAAAAUUCGGGACGCUUUCUGGAUCCUGCUUUUGCAUCGAACUGUAUGUGGAGGUAUUACAACCUCACAAUCCAGAGUCAAAAUCCUGACACUGAUGCCUUGAUUAGGAUGGGUGACCUGAUGUAUGAGGGGCAGGUUGAUGGGCAGAAGGACCUGUUUCCUGCAGCGGAGAUGUACAAACUGGCAGCACUAAGGAACAAUCCACAGGGAUGGUACAGCCUCGGCCGCCUUGCUGAGGAGGGUUACAGGCUGCCGCUGUCAGUAUUGAGUGAACUGGGCCUUUCAGAGCUAUACCUGGCCGACACCAGCUUUCUUCUUAGCAUUUUGUACAAAAGAUGCAGAGACUCAGAAGAUACGGAUUCCUACUUGCCCUGCAGCCUUGCCCUCUUCAAUGUGUACCUUCAAUCGUUCCAAAAAGACUAUAGUGCUACUAUUAAGCUCUCUACUGCUGUUGCCGUGGUUGCAGCUCCAACGAUAUUCUUAAUCGUCCUUGGUGUGGUCAGGAGACGUUUCCUGUCUCGCAGCUAGAGCCAAGAUUGUUUUUAGGACCGUCAGCACAACAAACUGAAGGACUGGACGGCGAAGCCAACCCCCCGCACCGACAGCGCGGCAGUGUUUUGUCAGUUGACAUGCUGUAUGUUUACUAUGGGACCAAAAUGAAGAGUAACUGGCAUUGUGAUCAUGAGAAUGAAUGUUUUGUACACGCCUGGAACGUUUUUGGUUUGUAUGUUUUGUAUUGUUAAAAGAAUGUUAUUGACUUUAAAUGAACUUGAUUGAACAAUAAAG